ACCUCAUUGGGCUUGGAUACCUAGGUCCACCACGGUCGACUUAUAUCAGACGUAUUUCCUUCGACUGGCGGCAUUGGUCCUCUUCGGCUCCACUUUCUCUUCUUCGCAGCGGCGUAAUCAGAUUGGUGAGUGAUUCUAGUCGUUGGGAAGACCCCUGGCAGGUCGAGCCGUGGUAGCUGUGUAUACUUGACGCGACUGAGGCUCUGACGGACGUCUGGCGGCUCCGGAAAGGGUGAAGCACGCUCAACAGGCGUCACUGGUACGCUACGAGGGAGGUAACCGUUGAAGCUGCGAGAAUCGGCUGACGAGGUAUAUAUUGCAGCACAUACCGCCCAAUGGAGUACCUCACGCUCCACGAUAUCCCGCAUCGCCACUUCCCUCUGGGACCGCGCAGAAUGGCUUCUCCAGACGACUCUCGUAGCUCUGAGAAGGCGCUGCCUGGCCUGGCUGCAGUACGUGAGCUUCCUUCUUUUAAGCUUGACACGCUCCUUCCACCCACAACCCCACCCGCACCUCCUACUCCUUAUAUUCCUAUCUCCAAAGACAUAUUCUCCAAUCCCACUCCCCAAUCAUUCCUAUCCAACGACCCCCCAGCUGCCAUGUGGGCUCCUCCUCUCAGGGACGUCAUCAAGGGCAUCCCACGCAUCGACAGCCUUAAUAGCCCCAGUGAAAAGACCGUAAAGAAUGACACCGAUGAGCAGAACCAUCACAUUCGCAAUUCACCGCCAUUCCAGCCGGGCGAGCAGCGACAGGGUCAAAAUUCGCUGCCCUCGUUCUCUCAGUUGCUGCACGCCGUGCGCGAGCCAUCACCGCCGCGUACGCCCUCCCGCAGGGCUACGUCAAUUGCGAAUUCCCCUGUGUCGGCAGCGCCGCAGUUUGACGAGGUUGCCUGGACAGACACAAAGCGCAGGCGCCUUGACACUGUCGCCGAUGUUUACCAGCACUCCUCGAAUAUCGACCCUGCACUUUCCUCUGCCUACAACCCGCCCAUGGGUUCGCAGCAGCCAACAGUGCAUCAGCAGGCUCCCAGCCAUCAUCACCGGCCGAGUCUUCCUUAUGUGGCACCCCCAACGCACACCUUGUCUACCCAUGUGCGUCACCAGUCGACUCCUGUUUCUCAUGCGCAUGGAUCGUACCAAUAUUCGCAUGCUCCUCCUCGCAAACUCACUUCGCUGGCGGCUUACCAACCUGCGCGAUUGCAUUCGUCCUCUUACGACCCCAGAGGGAGCUACUAUCCGGAUCCUCAUUCCGCGGCCCACGGUUACACGCUUGAAAGGACGCAUUAUGAUCCCCGUUACGGCCCGCCCACGUAUGUAGCUGCUCCCCAUCCGGGCUAUGACGGCGCGUACCUCCCACACCCGCACCCGCAUCCGCAGCACAACUACACCUUCCAGUCAACACUCGGCAUAGAUCAGAGUUCUUUCAACAGGAAGCGACGAGGAAACCUCCCCAAGGAAUCUACCGCUAUCUUGAAAGAGUGGUUCGCUCGCCAUCGGGAGUCUCCAUACCCCACCGAAGAGGAGAAGGUGGAGCUAUGCAGGCAGACGCAGCUCACUCUUAAUCAGGUGUCCAAUUGGUUCAUCAACGCCCGACGGCGUGCUCCGCAGAAAGAGCAACGCGAGGCUCGCGAGAAGGGCGAGGCCAAUAAGGACGACGCACCGUAAGCCCUCGCCCUCGACCGCCGGCUCCUCCGCCCACUCCAAUGCUCCCCUCGGGUCACGUUUGACUGUUGGAUUCGCUCGCAGUUGAUCUGCUUAUCCACCACCGGUCUUCAUAUUCUCACCUCGAU